GUUUCAAGUCCAACAUUCAGAUGACAACGCGCUGCCGCCCGUUCCCGUAGCCGCCGCCAAUCCGCACCAUGGUCUCGCCGCCGCUCGCCUUGUUGCCGCUGGUCCUGUGGGCGUUGUCGGCGGGUCCGCCGGGCUGCGACGCCGGCAACAUCCUGGUCUUCCCCGUGGACGGGAGCCAUUGGAUCAACAUGAAGGUUCUUCUGGAGGAGCUCCACCAGCGAGGACACCGGCUGACGGUCGUCAGAUCCUCCAAGAGCAUCUACGUGCCCCAAAGCUCGCCGCUCUACACCGCCGUCACCAUCGACAUCGCCGGAAGAUGGGAGGAAUUUUUUCAAUUUAUACAGGAGCUCAUUAAGGGCCUCCGAGAAGGACACUGGAUGCACCGCAAGUUCGCCAACUUCAUCUACCGGUCCCACUCCGCGUGGGCCGCCGGCCUCUCCGAGCUCCUGGAUGACGAGGAGAAGAUUCAGAGUUUACGAGACUCCCGCUUCGACCUGGUCCUGACCGACCCGGCCAUCACCGCCGGCGUGAUUCUGGCCAAGUACUUGGACCUUCCUCUCGUGCUGAACGUCCGCUGGAUCCCAGGCGGCGAGGGCCACUUCGCCGUGGCCCCGUCGCCCCUGUCCUACGUCCCCGUGACGGGCUCGGGCCUGACGGACGAAAUGAACUUCUUCCAGAGGGUGAAGAACGUCUUCUUCUACGUCCUGGUCACCCUCCAGCGGAAAAUCCUGAUGGAUCCCAUCUACAGCGCCCUCUGCGAGAAGCACAUCCGGGGCGGUUGCGACAUCACCUCGCUCCUCCAACAGGCCGACAUUUGGCUCUUCCGCAGCGAUUUCGUCUUUGACUUCCCGCGGCCCACCGUGCCCAACGUGAUCUACAUCGGGGGCUUCCAGUGCCGGGCCGGCCGCCCGCUGCCCGCGCACCUGGAGGACUUUGUCCAGAGCGCCGGCGAGCACGGCGUGGUCGUCAUGAGUCUCGGCAGUCUGGUGGGCGCUCUGCCCGAGCGCGAAGCCGAGGAAAUCGCCGCCGUCUUCGCCAGGUUGCCACAGAAGGUGAUUUGGCGUCACAGGGGCCCUCGGCCGGCCGCGCUGGGCAACAACACCUUGCUGGUGGACUGGAUGCCCCAAAAGGAUCUCCUGGCCCACCCGCAGACCAAAGUCUUUGUGGCUCACGGGGGGACCAACGGACUCCAGGAGGCCAUCUUCUACGGCGUCCCCGUGCUGGGCAUCCCGCUCUUCUUUGACCAGUUUGACAACCUGCUGCGCUUGGAGCGCCGAGGGGCCGCCAAGCUGCUGGAGUUGGCCCACCUGGCCCGAGGAUUCGAGGCCGGCCUCAAGGAGGUCCUGGGCCGGGACGACUACCGGCGAAACAUGCGGAGGCUGUCGGAACUGCACCGCGACCAGCCCGUGAGUCCCAUGGACCGGGCCGUCUUCUGGGUGGAGUACGUGAUGCGGCACAAGGGGGCGCGGCACUUGCGCAUCCGGGCCAACGAGAUGCCCUGGUACGCGUACUACGGCGUCGACGUGGCCCUGCUGCUGGCGGCCCUUGCGGCCGCGCCGGCGUUGAUCGCCGUGGCUCUCGUCAGGCUCCUCUGCUGCAAAAAGACCAGAAAAGACAAAGCGAAACAACAGUAG